GCACACACAUUCAAAGCUCCUCGUUCGUCACAAGAGAUUAUUCAGCUCAGCCAGCAAGCAGCAGGCCAUAUUUGCUAGACUCUGCCAGCCAGUCCAGUCGGUAGUUCAUUCAGUUUUGUACAGUGAGUGUGUCGAGUAAGUCAUCUUUCUCCGAGACCUCUCGCUCUCCUUGGUGUAGGCACCAGAGACCACAGCAGCAGUCAUCAUCAGCAGAGAAGCCAAGUUCCAGCGGGACGAACAGCACUCAUCUUAGCAAACCAGGAAUCACCCAACAGCAACCAAACCAAUCAAAGAUGGCCCUGCCAGAGGAAAACCCCGUCUACGGACCCUUCUUCGGUGUCAUGGGAGCAGCUGCUGCGAUCAUUUUCAGCGCCCUCGGAGCCGCCUAUGGAACGGCGAAAUCCGGUACCGGUAUUGCCGCCAUGUCGGUGAUGCGGCCUGAGCUGAUCAUGAAGUCCAUCAUUCCCGUUGUCAUGGCGGGUAUCAUUGCCAUCUACGGUCUGGUCGUUGCUGUCCUUAUCGCCGGUUCGCUGGAUACGCCCACGAAGUACUCGCUGUACAAGGGCUUCAUCCAUCUCGGUGCUGGUCUGGCUGUAGGAUUCUCCGGUCUGGCCGCCGGUUUCGCCAUCGGUAUCGUCGGUGAUGCCGGUGUCCGUGGUACUGCCCAGCAGCCCAGACUGUUCGUCGGUAUGAUUCUGAUCCUCAUUUUCGCUGAAGUCUUGGGUCUGUACGGUCUGAUCGUCGCCAUCUACCUGUACACGAAAUAAGCUGCUUCAACCGCCACCACCACCACCACAACAACAAAUCCAGAACGAAAACAGAUGGUCCAUACGUUACGCAGCGCCCUCGUUAUCAUCACCCCCUCCACCAUCAAUCGAUCAGACUUCGUUACAUCAUCUGUUAGUUAUCACCACCAACAACUCGUUCGUAACCACCAUCAUCGAGAACAUCGUUUUACAAUCGAGUCGAUGCACUGCCGCCAACAUCUUUGGCAGUGACAAUAUUUACCAGAGAAACGUCGAGAAGCGAACAAAGUUUUUUAAGACACAAAAGAAUGUAAGUAAAAGUCGCUCAUAAUAUACGUUAUUUAUCGUGUUGGAGAGAGUGGUAUCGAUCAAGAUCGUCCACCAGAUGCCCCCCUAGUUAAAACUUCCGGAACUAAAACAAAAGACUAUGUAAUUUAUGUAAAAUAUUGUAUUUAAUUGUUAAACUUAAUUUAUGUAAAAUGUAAAUUUUGUCCCACAUAUGAAAAGAAAAACGAACGAACAAGAUGCCAGCGAGUGCCGCUAAUGGGUUAUUCGGUUAGAGUAACUGUACAAAACAAGCCCGUGAAUCUAGAUAAUGCUGUCAGAUGAGAUGCAUCACUUCAUAAACUUUAUUUAUCGCCCAUAUUGGACGACGAGGUGAGGCCGUACCGGCGUAAAAUGGCUUUCAAGGUAACCCACAAAGCGGGCACUACGCGCUCACACUUAUUUCACAACGUUCGCAAACGUUCGGUUUAGGUUGUUCUUCUACAUCAACAACACACACAAUGAUAAUUAUGGUUUUCGAUCCCACCACCACCACGAAUGAGAUCUUUCCUGUGGCUUUGAAACAUCCAAAAACGGGUGUCUUCGUUUUGGCGCCAUCUGUUUGUCAGUUGGCAACAGCCUGACUACUAGAUAGCGUUGGCUGCGAAGACCUUGAGAGAAGAAACGGAAGAUAACAUUAUCCCUUGAAAUUUUUCACACAACAUCUUAAUUAACAACAAAAAAGGCAAGUCCACGAAAGGUUGAGUCUGUGAUAAAAGCUUCCAUCACUAACAAAAGAAAACAAAUGUCAUCUUGAUCACGAAAAGCGAACCACCACCAGCAGCUAUUCGGGACGAAACGCAUCCCAUCAACUCAACCGAACUCCACCCUCUGGCUCUUUCAACAUCUGGGAGUGCGUUUCGUGCGCUCAAACUUGCUAGAAAAUGUGUUUUUUGUUUUACGUACCGGAAUGUUUCUCCCGCGCGAUGCUUCCGUAUUAGUGAGGCCGACAAAAUACAGGGCGAAGAAAAAAUAGAAAAAAAACGAUGAACUACAAAUACAACACCAUCAGUGUAACAUUUCACUUUCGCGUUCGUUACAUAUAGUCGUUCAUAAUCAUUGGUAUGACAGAGAAAGAGAGAGUAUAUUAGAAAAGGAAAUCCUACAAACAACCAAAACCUGUUCUAUAUUCUUAAUGUAAAUGUUCGUAAAUACUUUUUUGUUUUCAUCGCGUAAGUUGUGUUAAGAAGAAGAAAAAAAAACGCUAAACAUCCUGUAUAUUACAAAAUGUGAUGAUUUAUGAUUGUUUACUAAGAACACUAAACUGACUAUAGAGAGAGAAAAGACGUUGAAGACCAUCUCAUCAAGACUUAGAUCAAAACCACCAAGGAACCCAAGUCCAACUGGCAAAUUGAAGUGAAAUGCUCUGCCAUCAGGCCUACUACGACCUCGCCGCCAGAUGGCAGUAAUCUCAAAAGACAGAAGACACACACACCGAUACAAAACGACACACACACACUGACAAAAGAUUUGAUGAACUUACCAUCUUAACAUCCCUCAUCAAUCGCAGUCAAUCAAUAACUUAACGUCCCAAUGCUAGCAAAGCUAGUUCCUUUUGCCCGACCUUACGGAGCCCAAAUGUCGUUCCUGGACGUGGUCCGAUGCGUUUGGAUGCUGAAACGCGGAGGUCACGUACCACGCUCGACUCUCCAUUCGAGAGGGACUUCCUCGGCUUGGAAUUCCCAUCACCUCCCGUCAACCGAUCGUCUGUAUAAAUUAACAUCCUUUUCUGCGUUCGGGAAUGGGGUGAGCGGUGGGUCCCCGGGACCAGGUGGAGCCAGUUUUCCCCCAGGCAUUGGUGGCGUAAUCCAACCCCCGCUAUUCUCUCAAGAGAAAACCCAAAUUAUUAUUGUUGGAAACAUCAUCUUUGAAGAACGUCAACAUCUACCUAAAAAAAUCCAAUCAACCAACCAACAUCCCAACUAGAAAUACAAAACGUUUGCCAACAACCAGAACAAGAUCCCUGGAAUACGAAAUAAGCACCCCCUUGUUUUGUUUGUGAGGAAGCUUUAAGAUCCUAGUAAAAGAAAUACUUUAAACAUAAGUUGAUAAGUUGAACAAAAAACAACACACAAACAGAAGAGAAAUGAAUCUACCGAAAUGACAUUUGAACAAAAAAGAAACAUCUGAAGAGAAUUCAAUAAAUUUAACUGAAAAAAAAAA